AUGAGUUUUCGUGAAGAUGGUCUGAAACACAGUGUGCCCAUCCUAUUGGAGCCCCAGGAUUUGAAGCUACCCGAAGAACGGCCCAACUCAUCGCCGGGCACGCCCACCGCGUGGAAUACGAACCAUAAUGUAUCACGGCAAGACAUCCAUGGUCCCUUGGCCCCAGACCAGAACUCGAAUCACUUAUCGCCUGGUGAAAGCCGUACAAGCGCUGGCAGAGCUAGGUUCGACGACGAAGUCAGUGUUCACACAAGAAGAGACCGUGGAUAUAAGGCCGCAGCAUGGCGGUUGCAACAGGAGACGCCCGAUUCCAGUGUGCCUCCCAACUUGGCGAAAGCAGAAGACAACCUUGUCGGCAUUGGUUCCAUUUUUAACCCUCAGAGCCAACAUAGACCUACUUCUGGGUCUUCUUUUAUUGAAGUCAUGGCGAACUGCAUUGAGGCAUCUCUAGUCGCGUAUGCUGGCAAGCCAGGAGCGGCGAAGUGGCUGCCUGUGAAUAAGCUAUUGGAAAUUACCAACGAAGAAGACGUUCACCGAGCGUUGUCAGAAGCUUGCAAAGGUAGGGGACUCGCAGAAACUAUCCUACGAGAAUACGCUGCAAAAGUCUGCGGCCGGCUCAGCUAUACUGACCGCGCUGGGCAACCGACUUCGUCGCUUGGUUCGAGGAGCAUGUUUGCUAUAUUGGUGAUGAUCAACAAAGUUGACGAGAUCAUGUGCUUCAUUGAUCAUGGAUUCACGGACGAAAACCUACCGCUGGUUCCAUAUGGCGAAAAUGAUUUCCCUGCCUACCCCGGCGGAUUGAACCCUGGCGAAGUACAAUGCUUCGACUUGGGAAAGACCUGGGACCGUCUACAGUGGCGUACGUUCCUGAGUUAUCAAAGUACAAUGCGGUCUCCGUUUUUUGAGUUGCGACAAAGCGAAAAGAGACUACCGCAUUACGAACUGGACCGAAGCACGGUUCUUCCCUUUAUCAACGAUCACGGCACACGAGAGACUACACACGGUGGUUUCAGCAUGGUGAGACGGAUACAAAUCCACUCGGCGCAUCACGACGAGGAUUGCUCUUCAGGGGAUCCUUCUUUUGCGGUCAAAGAGCUUCACUCAAGCAACGACUCUUUUGAUAAAAGGCAUGAACACAACUUCAAACAAGAGGUUCGAGGAUGGGCCAAGUCAGCAGGUGUCUCAGAACACCCUCACCUCACCAGACUCUUGGCAACCUGGAGUCAAGACGGAAAAUGGAGCCUGCUAUUUCCCUGGGCCCAAGGCAAUCUCAACGGCUUUUGGGAGAGAAUGAGCACCCCCAAACGGAGUCCGAGACUUGUUAAGUGGGUAUCCAAGCAAUGCCUUGGCCUAGCCGAGGGUCUGCACAGGAUUCACAAAAGCCGCUCCGACCCUAAAAGGCAGUGGGGUAUCCACGGGGAUAUCAAACCUCAGAACAUUCUCUGGUUUGACGAUCCCAACGACGACCAGGGGAUUUUGGCCAUAAGUGACUUCGGAUUCACUCGUUUUCACGGCGAAGAAACUAGGUCCAACGCACUUCCUGUCGGUCUUAGCCCGACGUAUCGAGCUCCCGAGUACGAUACCAUCAACAAGAUUUCCAGAGCAGCCGAUAUCUGGGCUUUGAGCUGCGUCUAUCUCGAGUUUGUCACGUGGUAUCUAAAAGGACAUGACGGCGUGAGAGAGUUUGUUCGGAGACGGAUUGAAGAUGACCGCGGAGAAGCGCCAAUCAAGUCAGACAAGUUUUUCAACUUCACACAGCCGCAUGCAGACAAGAGAAACAUCACUGUCGAGGUCAAGCAAUCUGUCAUCAAGUGGAUCGCUGAGUUACGACAAACCUCAUAUUGCAAUCAAUACUUCAAAGAGCUCUUGAAUUUGAUACAGCAUAAGCUCUUUUGUGUGGAACCAAAAACUCGAGAAAGGUGCGACACGCUUGUUCUCCAACUCAGAGAACUCCCGGUUGCGACCUACGAUUACGAGGCUACGGCACUUCUUGAUGACUGUUCCAACAUCAUUCCAAGAGUUCGUGAUGGGGAACCUCCAGAGUGCGGAGGAUUGACUCCCUCAACAUCACACACCCUAUACGACGUCCGAAACACAUGGCAUUCAUACAGCGAUCGUGGCUCAGACCGCUCUGAAGGACUGGAUAAUUCACAAGACUAUGCAAACAGCAGCAAUGCCCCAUUAGCCAGUUGUGGUGAAACAGGGCUAGAGAACCCAGGAUAUUUAUUUGCCAGCCAAGACACGGAAAGAGAGUUGACUUGGAAAAAGCUCUUUAGUUCGACUGAAGAGACUCCGCUCUUAGGGUCUUCUGAGUAUCUUAACGCCAGUAGCCGGCAGAAGGAUGCCAGCUGGUGGAGUUUCAGCGGCAUUUUGGGCAUUCUGAAACAGUGUUUCCAUGGCAUAGAUCCUUAG